AUGGCAUCCCCACCUAGAAAUCCUCCUCCAGCCGUCGAUGCUGUUCCUAUCAGCUACAUUGAGCCCGGCGACGAGCUGAACCCGAUUGACCCAGACAACUUUGAUUUUGCGGGUCCCUCUUCCACCGCCGGAAGAUUUCCAACGCGCCGGUCAAAGCGCACGAACCCUUUUCCAGAUCUGAACACUGCGGUGCCACAACGCCGAAGAGGAGAAAACUCUCCCCGGAGAGGAAGCAGAGGUGGAAGAAGAGGAAGCAGAGGUGGCCGCACUCCAGUCCAGUCAAACCCACGAAGAGGUCUUCAUCUGGUAGAUGAAGAAACUGAUGACGAAGCAGGGGAUCCUACCUUUGCUGCACCACAGGCUCAAGCCUUGUCCUCCAGCUCCUCUGAGUCUUCAUCCAACAACUCACCUUCCCCAGCAUCAACUCAGGGGGAGACGUCGCAGCCCAGCAUGGCAACAGCAGCCUCUCAACAUUCUGUUCCUGAAGGUGUUGCUGCACCUGUCUCUGAAGGUGUUGCUGCACAUGCUCCAGAAGAUGCUGCUCCACCUACUGUUUCAGCAAAUGUUCCUCAGAAUGCUGCUGAGGAUGCUGCCCCUUAUCAGGAUGAAGAAAUGCCUGAUUUCUCUGGAAUGUCAUCAGCAGAGCAUGUAGACAUUCCAUCUGUGGAUGCUCAAGACUUCACCACCACAGAAGAAACUCCAUCAGCACCUCAUGGAGAUCCUCUGGAAACCCUAGCAGAAGCAGCAGUUCAAGCAGAUGCAUCUCCUCCUCAGGCUGAAGAUCCAGAGAAAAGUGAUGAUAGCUGGGAGGUUCCUCUAGCUGCUUUUCGCAAGAAUUUGCCUUCCUCUGAUUCUGACAGUGAAUCCUCUGAAGACUCUUCUCAACAGGAAGAAGGUGUUGCCCCACGUGCUGCAUCACCUGAACCAGCAUAUGUCCCUGAUGAGCUUGAAGAUUCAGAAGAUGAUGAUUCCUCAGAAGAAGAAGAACCAGACCUGGAUGGGAAGAACUUGUCAAUCCCUUUUGAGGUAACAAAUGCCUUCAGUCCUAAUUUCUAUUUUGAGUCUGAUUCACUGUUGAGUCCUCAAGUCAUGAAUUGUCAUUUCAUUGAGGAAAAGAAAAUUUCUAAGGAAGAAUUUGAUAGGCAUAGGAUAACAGCUUUUCUUCACCAAAGAAAAAUCCUUAACCUAGUUGAGAUUGCCUGCUCUUAUGAUCCCUUGGUUGUGAAGGAGUUUUAUGCCAACUUGCAAACCUCAUUUUUAAAGAAAAACUCUCCAAAUUUUGGUAAAGUGUUUGUGCGCAAUGCCAUCUAUUCAUUUUCUCCCAAAAUUAUCAACUCUCAUUUGCAAACUCCUACUGUGAUUGAUGAGGAUAAUUAUGGUGAUUUUACUGAGAUUUGCAAAGUUAUUUCUGGAAACCGUUUAAGAAGUUGGCCUGCACACCCAAGAAAAUUUCAAGUCUCUCAACUCACUGCUUUUUACUCUGUCUUAUUUAGACUCACAGUGAUGAAUUGGAUUCCAUCCAAAAAUGUCUCUGUGGUAACAAAACCUCAUGCUGUACUCAUGUACAAAUUGGGGAUGGGAUUACCAGUGGAUUUUGGUAAACUGUUCUUUGAUACUAUUGGUCAUCUUGCCCAGAAAAUUUCACCCUCCACUCAUCUUCCUUAUCCUUCUCUCAUUUACUCCAUUUUACUCUUUCAAAAUUUGGGCCAAGAUGACUCGGAAUAUCUCCACACUCCACAAGGUCAAAAUAACAUUGGUACUGAGGGUGUUGCACCUCAUGUUGACAACACUUCUAACCUACUUGUGUCUGUUCCUAGAGAUCUUCUAUUGCAGCAGCUUACUCAUUCUCUAGCUCAGAUUACCUAUCAUCAGUCCAUGGUGGAGAUGAUUCAGAAGGCUCUUUCUGAUCAAAAAGGGGGAGAAAAAGAUCAUGAAACUGAAGCAGGAACAUCUCAUCCUUUGGAUGCUAGAGGCAGAGAGCAAGGAGUCAAUGAAGAGGAAGCAAAGAAAGAGGGGGAAGCUCAAGAAGAAAGCAGUGGAUCUAGUGAUGGAGGAGGAGCAGCAGCUGAAACUGAGGAGACCUUGGAGACUUUGGAUAUUUUACUUUAG